GUCCCAGCAUCUGCUGUGGAAGCUGUUGCGGUUGCUACGACCACAAUUGGUGUGGAGGCUGUUGCGGUGGAUGCGGUGAUUGUGGCUGCGGUGGCUGUGGAGGUGGUUGUGGGUGUGGUGGUUGCGGAGGUGGAUGUGGGUGUGGUGGCUGCGGAUGUGGGUGUGGUGGUUGCGGAUGUGGAUGUGGCGGAUGCUGUUAACUCAUUGGAAAAUCAAAGUGUUUAGGAAAAACUAA